UCGCGCUCGCGCUCGCGCGCGCGCUACUACUUCACCCCCCCCUUGCGUGUGUGUGUUUUGUGUGUGGCCUGUUUUUUCUACCGUGUGAAUAAUACUCGCGCGAGUGUACGUGUUUUAACCCGUCUCUCCGGCUCUCUUUCCCCCCUCGCCGCCCACCCCCCGUGUAUACCCUACGAGAUCUCCGGGGGUCCACCUGUCCGACGGCGGCGGUGCCCCGCGUGCCGCGUCGCGUUUACCCGAUCUCUGGGUACGUGGACGAUAUCUCGCGAGGGGAUAAGGACGAUAAGGGAGACCCUCGUCUUCGUAAGUUGUCAUUAUCGUCGGUGCGCGGACGUUUCGCGUUGACCCGCCACGAAGAGAAGACGUCGUGGGGCCGAUCGGCAGCGCGUGUUAGAAGGUGGCAAAAAUUCUGAGAAGAUCGGAGCUCGGCGGAGCCCUGGCAGGCUCAUCGGCGGCUGCGGACGCGGACGUACGCCGACGGAGACGUAGCAGUCCUCUGGAUUACCUCAAGUCCCGUGGUGCUGCUCUGGCAGACGCGGGCAUCAGCGCGGCAGCUAAGAUGGGCAACAAUGCCGCGACCGCCAACAAGAAGGUCGACGCCGCCGAGAGCGUCAAGGAGUUCCUCGACAAGGCGAAGAAGGAGUUCGAGGACAAGUGGAAGAAGAACCCGACCAACACCGCCGGGCUGGACGACUUCGAGCGGAUCAAGACCCUGGGCACCGGCUCGUUCGGCCGCGUAAUGAUCGUCCAGCACAAGCCCACCAAGGAGUACUACGCCAUGAAGAUACUCGACAAGCAGAAGGUCGUCAAGCUGAAGCAGGUCGAGCACACGCUCAACGAGAAGAGGAUACUGCAGGCGAUCAGUUUUCCAUUCCUCGUAUCGUUGCGCUUUCACUUCAAGGACAACUCUUACCUGUACAUGGUGCUCGAGUACGUGCCCGGCGGCGAGAUGUUCAGCCACCUGCGCAAGGUCGGUCGCUUCUCGGAGCCGCACUCGCGCUUCUACGCGGCCCAGAUCGUCCUCGCGUUCGAGUACCUCCACUACCUCGAUCUCAUCUACCGGGAUCUCAAGCCGGAGAAUCUGCUCAUCGACUCGCAGGGCUAUCUCAAGGUCACCGAUUUCGGCUUCGCCAAGAGAGUGCAGGGACGGACGUGGACUCUGUGCGGCACGCCCGAGUAUCUCGCCCCCGAGAUCAUCCUCAGCAAGGGCUACAACAAGGCGGUGGACUGGUGGGCGCUGGGCGUGCUGGUCUACGAGAUGGCCGCUGGCUAUCCGCCAUUCUUCGCCGACCAGCCGAUCCAGAUCUACGAGAAGAUCGUGAGCGGCAAGCCGCGCUUCCCGUCCCACUUCGGUUCCGACCUCAAGGACCUGCUGCGCAAUCUGCUCCAGGUCGACCUCACCAAGAGGUACGGCAACCUCAAGGCGGGCGUCAACGACAUCAAGGGCCACAAGUGGUUCGCCAGCACCGACUGGAUAGCCGUCUUCCAGAAGCGAAUAGAGGCGCCGUUCAUACCGCGCUGCAAGGGACCAGGCGACACCAGCAAUUUCGACGACUACGAGGAGGAGACCCUGAGGAUCUCGCUGACGGAGAAGUGCGCCAAGGAGUUCGCCGAGUUUUGAACGCUGCGCCGGCUCGGCAGAUUAUUGCUUGCAACAGCAGGUGGAUACGCAACGUCGUGGUCGCGUCUCAUCGUCGCAGAGCCGACGCGGCACGGCGCUCCUUCGUCAUCGCCGUCGUCACGUUGGUGAUUCGCUUUUUUUGCGAAAAAAAGAGAGAGAGAGCGAGCGAAAGAGAGAGAGAGUUAAAGAACGGAAGAGAGAAAGAGUGAAAGAGCGAAGGGUGCAUCUGUGUGUCAGCGCGCGCGCGUAUAUCCGCGUUUAACGAAAGCACUCGAAAGCCAGGCAAAUCGGAGUGAGCUUUUUUUUUUGGGGGGGGGGGGCGAAGUUUCUCGCAAGCGAUCCUGGAAGGAAGAGGGGGGGAGGGAGAUAUAGAGAGGGAGAGAAAGAGCACGUGGCAAUUCGCGCGUUUCAUUGCGACCGAACUCGCUAGACAUGAGAGAGAAGGUUGAUACGGGACGUUUACACGCUGGCGUUCAAACGUCCAAAAAUUGUAUACACACAUAAUUUUUGGUUGUUACAUAUAUAGUUACAUAUAUAUACGUCACACGCCAGCAUCACUUUUUACAUGAAGAAAUCUUUUUUUAGCCGGUUAAUCGAUUCAUUAACGUAAUGUAAGGACUGUAUACUAUAUAUAUAUACAUAUAUACAUAUAUAUAUACAUACAUAUAUAUUAUAUAUGUGUGUGUAUCCGUUCGCCACUCUCGUAUUCCUCUAUGCCCCCUCGUCCUCCCUCGCGCCCCCCUGCCAUCCAUUGACGAUAGCUUUAUGAUCCGGUUUACGGAGGAGGCCGUGUGUAAAGUUUGUUCCCAAUGAUUAACUGUUAUCAGCGUCGGAAAUGUCACCGUACCGAAGUUACCUUGUACAUAUAGUCUCUCGUUGUCUUUGCGAACGUUUCCUAUCUCCUCCGUUCCUUCGUCCGUCCCCCUGCCCC